CGGCACUAUUCCCAUAAUCAAAAGAGUCAAAUCCUCUUAUAUUCAUUUCGUUCCCCAACCCAAUACCCACCACCAUUGCCUCUCUCAACACCUUCCCAGAAAACAGAGCACUUCAAAGUUCAAAACAAACCAAAAUUGCGAGCGAGGGAGCUAUUCAUCGAACGAACAGUAGCCAGCGAGCCAGUGUUGAGAAGCAGGCAAAGCAAAAGUUGUCUCUUGACGCCGGCUCGCUGCGCGAUGUUUGCGACCCUUUUCCAUGGCCUGAUGGGUGGAGUUCGGGGAGGGACCCUGCCUCUCUGAGUUCCCUUCGCUGAUCAGUAGUGGUUCUCUUCCUACUGAUGUGAGGAAUCCAGUUGGUUUUCAACUUUUUAAUUUUAUUUACUUUGGGUCGUUGUUAUGGUGGCGCUCCUGGAAGACUUCGAGGCAGCAAAUUGGUUGCAGGGAAAUUAUACACCUUGCUGAUUCUUCAUUUGGUCACUUGAUCAAGAGGGUGUUUUCAGCAGAUUUGGUGUUUUUUCUCUUCUGGUCAAUCAAAUACUUUCAACAUGGUGCAAGUCUUCCUCUAGCUUGAUCUUCCUACUGGAAAAGUUCAGCUUCAAGCAGGACAGAUCUUCUUUGGCAACUUAAAUUUCUUCUGACCAAGUAACUUGUUUCUCAAGUUUAUACCUUGGAUUCAGCUUCUUCGGGCAAAUCUUCUUUGGCAGGGUUACUGUGAUCUCCACUUUUAGCUGUGAAUUUAGAAGAAGGGACUUGAUAUCGUCAGAGAACGAGUCUCUUGUAUAUCAAUUACCAAGGAUCGCUGUGUACUUGGCAAAUCAUACUUCAGCAUCAAAGCCUUAUUGGUAUUCCAACUUUUGUGGUAGAAUCUUGUUCAGAAGCUUUCUGUAACAGAAGCUUCAGUCCAAUUCAUUGGGCAAAUCUCCUUUGGCAUUCGGGAGUGCUCAGCUGACUCCCUAUUAUCCUUGUUUACUGUAUAUCCCUCGGUCUCUCUGCCUUCCAAGGCCAGUAUUCUCAUCGAGAAUAUCGUAGCUAGGCAUUGGCUCUGGAAAUCAAGUUAGUGUGGCAGUCAACAAUCAAGAGGUACCUUAUCUCAUAACUUCUUCAGAAUAGGUUUGCUUGAAUUCAUGACCCAAGGCAACAACUUCGUUGCUCCUUUAAAGAUUGUUCAGUUAUCAUUUAUUUCUGGCAUGGUUUGGUAUCAUUAGAUUUCUAUCUUUAUGCGCUCUCGAUUCUUGGUAAAUUGAUCGAAGCAUGGUUUUCACUAUUGUAGGUGAUGGACAUGCUUCAGAGUGACUCCGAUUGGGAGAGUUCCAGUGACAGUGGCAGCAGCAGCGAGGACAUGGAGGAACUCGAGUUUAGGUACGGAGGACAAGCACACAGCAUUCUGUCUUGCCUCGACGAGAGCAUAGGAAAGAUUGAUGAUUUCCUCUCCUCCGAGCAUGGCUUUGUCUGUGGAGACAUCGUCAGCUCAGUAACUGAUAAAUCCGGACAAACAGGCAGAGUUGUGAAUGUGACAAUGUUGGUCGACCUUGAAAGUCUCUAUGGGAGAGUCAUAAAGAACAUGGACUCCAAGAAACUCUCGAAAAUCCGGUCCAUUUCUGUGGGAGACAACGUGAUUCAAGGGCCGUGGAUUGGAAGAGUUGACAAAGUAAUCGACAGCAUCACAAUGCUGUUUGAUGAUGGAAUGAUUUGCGAGAUAGAUGGAACAGACCAAGAAAAGCUGGUCCCACUUCCUCCAAACUUACUCGAAGACCCAUUGUAUCCCUAUUAUCCUGGACAGCGAGUACAAGUUCGGCUCCCCACUGCUGCUUCUCGGUCAACUCGAUGGCUGUGCAAUGAAUGGAAGGAAAAUCACGGUAUGGGGACCAUCUCUGCUGUGAACGCAGGCACCGUGCAUGUCGAUUGGCUUGCUUGUGCACUUGGUGGUUGUGAUGAAGUUAGCCCUCAGACAUCUCCUCCACCUGUUCAACAUGCGAAUGACUUGACCUUGUUGCCGUUAUUUCUGCAUGAGAACUGGCAGCUUGGUGACUGGUGCAGAGUUCCUGCUGUUGACACAAAGGAAAUAUUUGUUAUUGGGAAAACGAAGACUACAGUUGAUAUUGCAUGGCAGGAUGGUACGAGCUCAUUUGGUUUAUACUCACAGUCUCUACUCCCUGUGAAUGUUGUCAAUGCUCAUGAAUUCUGGCCUGGGCAGUUUGUUCUCGAGAAGAGUGCAAAUGAUGAUGAACCGCCUGCUUCUGGUGGCCAAAAAUGGGGUAUUGUGAGUGCUGUGGAUGCAAAAGAACAUACGGUCAAGGUGAAGUGGAAAUCUUUUGUGGACAUGAGUAAUACAGGGAGUGAUCAGGUGGAAGAAGUUGUAAGUGCAUAUGAAUUAGCUGAACAUCCAGAUUACUCAUACUGUUAUGGAGAAAUUGUGUUUAGAGCCCAUGUUGAUGAUCAUCCUUCUGAAGAUUACACAUCAUGUAUUGGUUUCGUAUCGGGGUUUAAAGAUGAUGGCAUUGAAGUGACUUUUGCUUCUGGCGCUGAAAUCACUGUUGUUCCAAGUGACAUUUUUCGGGCUGAGAAACAUGAGGGUUCUACUGGGACUCCCCUCCAAGACCACGCUGUCGAGGACCUGAGCCAAGUGGCAGUAGACCGUGGAAAACAACUUGUUGACCAUGCUGAUUCACCAGAUCCCAACGGAAAGGGAGAGGAUAGCAAUAACCAUCCCUGGGAGUCUAGUUCUUCGUAUUUUCUUCAUCCGUCCACUUUUGGAAUCUUGACUAGCAUAGCAGCAAGGAUAUUUGGAUCUUUCACUUCCUCAUCAAUGCCUAAUCCUUGCUGUGUUGCUGAAGAUGGAGAUCAACUCGAGCAAUUUGAAAAGGAACGAGUACCUGGAACUUAUUGUGGUCUCUCCACAGACAUGAAACCCUUGGUGGCAGUUGAGAUGCAGAGAUUCGAAACGGCUUGCCCAGAGCAAGAAGCUGUUGACGUUGACGAAAACGAAGGAUUUAAAAGCUCCUCUGCCACACAGAGUUGUGAUUUGUUCAGGAAAUUUGAUAUGGUUAAUGAUUGCUCUGACCAUCACUUUGUUGAUGGUGCAGGCAAAGAAAUGACGAUGUCUCAGGUGAAAAGAAGUUGGUUGAAGAGGGUACAGCAGGAAUGGAGUAACCUGGCAGAAAAUCUUCCUGAAUCCAUUUAUGUCCGGAUCUAUGAGGAGAAGAUAAAUCUCCUUCGAGCAGCCAUUGUUGGAGCACCCGGUACUCCAUAUCACAAUGGCCUUUUCUUCUUCGACAUAUAUCUCCCUGCCCAGUAUCCCCAUGAACCACCCCUGGUGCACUAUCGUUCUGGUGGGCUCCGCCUCAACCCCAAUCUGUACGAGUCAGGAAAAGUCUGUCUCAGUCUCCUAAACACAUGGACAGGCACAGGCACUGAAGUCUGGAAUCCAGAGAGCUCCAGUGUUCUUCAAGUUCUUCUCUCCCUCCAGGCCCUCGUCCUGAACGAAAAACCUUACUUUAACGAAGCUGGCUAUGAUAACCAGGUCGGUAAAGCUGAGGGAGAGAAGAACUCAGUAAGCUACAACGAGAAUGCCUUCCUUGUGACCUGGAAGUCCAUGCUUUACUUGCUUCGCAAGCCACCAAAGCAUUUUGAGGCACUCGUGGAGGAGCACAUCAAGCAACGUUCGCACGACAUUCUGGUGUCCUGCAAGGCGUACCUGGAUGGAGGAGAACCGAUCUUAGCAGAUGGGCAGCUUGGAGCGCAAGGAACUCGAAAGGGGAGCUCUGAUGGAUUCAAGAUCAUGCUUGCUAAGCUCUUCCCGAAGCUCGUCGAAGCCUUCUCUGUCAAAGGAAUCGAUUGCAGCCAGUUCCUGGAGCCCGAGAAGUGAAGGCCAGGCUCAUGAAGACUCUCCAUUUGCUGUAUCAGAGUAUCUUCUGGUGGUGCUUGUGCCAAACUGGGAAUUAUGGUUUCGUGUGUGUUUGGUUUGUGAGAGGAAAUGUGAAGUGAAUAAAUGAGGGGAGAAAUUCCUAGUGGUAUGCUCUCUGGUGUAAUGUAAUAUUGAUAUAUAUGUUUUAAAAUGUAUAAUUGCUGAUUAUGUAAAUAUGGAGAUUUGUAAAAUAAUUAUUGUUAUCAUAAUAAAACGAAGAACUGGAACUGGUUUGGUGUGUCUCAGUCAGUCUUGUAG